UUUCUUUCUUUCUUUCUCUUUUACAUACUAAAACAUGACUGUGAACGAAGCAAAUACUCGUAUGAGCGAAGAAAAAACAUAUCCAGUUCCAUCCAGAUUAUUAAAUGACAAGCAACUCCCCAAGCCAUUUAUUUCGAGCUUUGAGGAGUAUCAGAAAAUGUGGGAAGAGAGUGUGAAUAAUCCGAAUGCAUUCUUUGGAAAUCUUGCCAGAGAAUUAUUACAUUGGUCAAAGCCAUUUGAAACAGUUCAAAGUGGUAGUCUAAAGGAGGGUGAUGUUGCUUGGUUCUUGGAAGGAGAACUGAACGCUUCAUUCAACUGUGUUGAUCGUCACGCUUUGGCUACACCAGAUAAGAUUGCCAUCAUACACGAAGGAGAUGAGCCUGGAAAUGUACGAAAGAUUACCUACCGUGAAUUACUACAAGAGGUCUGUCGUGUUGCCAACGUGCUCAAAUCACUCGAUGUCCGUAAGGGCGAUAAUGUAGCUAUUUAUAUGCCCAUGGUUCCAGAAGCUGUCUUUGCCAUGUUGGCCUGUGCUCGUAUCGGCGCUGUUCACUCUGUUGUCUUUGCCGGUUUCUCUUCAGAAUCUCUCCGUGAUCGUAUCAAUGAUUGCGGUGCUCGUAUUAUCCUGACAUCUGACGAAGGACGACGUGGAGGCAAGAAUAUUGCUACAAAACGUAUCGUAGAUGAAGCUCUCAAGAAUACUCCCACUAUUGAACACGUCUUGAUGUUACGUCGUACAGGAUCUGAAGUUCCAUUCACUCCUGGCCGUGAUCUCUGGUGGCAUGAAGAAACCGUAAAGGCUCGUCCCUAUUGCAGUCCCGAAAACGUGAAUGCUGAGGACCCAUUGUUCUUGUUGUAUACAUCAGGAUCCACUGGUACACCCAAGGGCGUUGUGCACACCACGGCUGGUUACUUGCUUGGUGCUACUGCUACUGUUAAAUAUGUCUUUGAUUAUCAUCCAGAGGAUAUCUAUGCUUGUAUGGCUGACAUCGGUUGGAUCACAGGACAUACCUAUCUCGUCUACGGCCCUCUGUCUGUAGGUGCUACUUCCCUUUUAUUUGAAUCUACGCCUACGUAUCCCACACCUUCACGUUUCUGGGAAACUGUUGAAAAACAUCGUGUGACACAAUUCUAUACUGCCCCUACUGCUAUCCGUGCCCUCCGUCGACUGGGCGAUGAAUGGGUCGACAAAUGUGAUCUGUCAUCCCUUCGUGUGAUCGGUUCAGUAGGCGAGCCUAUUAAUCCUGAAGCCUGGGAAUGGUAUUAUGACAAAGUGGGAAAACGACAGUGUGCGGUCGUGGACACCUACUGGCAGACCGAAACAGGUUCAAUCAUUAUCACGCCCUUACCUGGCGCAAUAGCGACCAAGCCAGGAUCAGCCACAUUCCCAUUCUUUGGUAUUAAGCCUGUGAUAUUGGACCCUACCUCAGGCAAAGAACUCGAAGGAAAUGAUGUGACAGGUGUCUUGGCUAUUUCUCAGCCUUGGCCAUCCAUGGCACGCAGUGUUUACAACAACCACAACAGAUACCUUGAUACCUACCUUUACCCUUACAAGGGCUAUUACUUCACUGGUGAUGGUGCUACACGUGAUAAGGAUGGAUUCAUUUGGAUCCGUGGUCGUGUCGAUGAUGUCAUCAACGUGUCGGGUCAUCGCCUUUCAACUGCAGAAAUCGAAUCAGCCUUAAUCCUUCACCACUCUGUAGCUGAAGCAGCUGUUGUUGGUGGCCAUGAUGACUUGACAGGUCAAUGCAUUCACGCCUUUGCUACACUCAAACCCAACAUUGAAGAUUCCGAGGGCCUUGAAAAGGAACUGGCCUUACAAGUACGCAAGGUAAUCGGUCCAUUUGCUACACCCAAGCGUAUCUAUGUGAUCAGUGACUUGCCCAAAACUCGCUCAGGUAAAAUUAUGCGUCGUAUCUUGCGAAAGAUUGUCAAUGGUGAACAUGAUUCCUUGGGCGACAUUUCUACAUUGGCUGAUCCUUCUGUUGUUGAACAACUCAUCAAAUACGUCCAUGGAAAGAAAUAAAAAAAUUCUUUCAUGUUGCAUAUUCAUAAAAUACAUAAAAAUAAAAAACAAUCGAGUGUAUAUCAUUCAUUCUGUCCUUUUCUCAUAGAUUACGGUCUUGUGAUGAUCAUGACUUUGUCUCUCUUGAUUUGGUCGAGGUCGAGUCAUAUUCAAAGCUGUUGUAUAUAUAUAUAUGACAUCAAGAAAAGUACCAAUAAUUGUAUUCAUUUGAAAUGCAUCUAUGGUUUUAUUUAAUGAUUUCCGCAUUUCGAGGCAACUAUACGAUUGUAUUCACUGUGAUCUAUGUUACCUUCAAAUAAAAGAGAAAACCGUCCAAAGGGAAGAGGAAAGGUGGAAGAGG